AGAGCCCCCGAUAACAUUUGUCUUCGUUCUAAGAGAUAGAGGAGUCGCUCUAAGGCGCAUUGACGGCAGUUUAGGAAAUGAUGAAAGACUAAGGGUUCUAAACGAGUUCAAAAAUGACCCUACCAUCUCCGUUCUUCUCAUCACUAUGCAAACCGGGGCAGUUGGACUUACCCUCACAGUUGCAACACAGGUUCACAUCAUUGAGCCACAGUGGAACCCUUCAGUCGAGGAGCAAGCUAUUGCUAGAGCCCUUCGAAUGGGUCAGUCGAAGAGUGUCAAAGUGUUUAGAUACAUAAUGAAGAACACCGUGGAAGAGAGAAUCCUGGCGCUACAGAAAAAGAAGAGAGACCUUGUGAGAUUCACAAUCGAUGGAAACUCGAGAGAUGGAGUAUCUGGUACUUUGGAGACUAUUUAA